AUGGACGUUAAGCGAGAUCGGCUUCAGUCACUGCAAGGCCCGUUCGAACAAGCCAAAUGCCGGUGUGUUAACUACCAUACAGAACAUGUUGUAGGAGAAAGGAUAAUCAAAGAUAAAAUGGAGGUUGGGUCACACUCCAUGCGAAAGCUAAGUUUUGAACUAAAUGGAGAGAAAGAUCAACAUAAUGACAUAAAUGAACCAUCCAAACCUAUUGAGCUAGAUAAAGAAAAACCUAUUGUUGAUAGUUCACCUAAAACUCAAGAAGAGAAAGGCCUUGAUUUAAGAAUACAGAAUAAAUUUGAAGACAAAUUAACCCCUGUUCCGGGGGAUUGGAUCCCAAAGGUAGGCAUGAUGUUUAAAACAGAUGAAGAAGCAUAUGAGUUUUAUAAUAGAUAUGCUGGAAUGGUUGGAUUUAGUGCUCGGAAAGGUAGUAGCGCAACAUGCUCUAAGACUCAUGAAGUGAGAUACAGAAAGUUCUGUUGUUCUAAAGAAGGGAAACGUCUCCAAGAUAAGCGUAGGCCUAUUGUCAAGAAACCUCGAGCAGAGACAAGAUGCGGUUGUAUGGCAGAAAUGAAGAUAAGUCGUCGUAAAGAUGGUUGGUUUCAUGUGGUUGCUUUCAAUGAGACUCAUAAUCAUAUGAUUGUAACACCUAAGAAGGUACACAUGCCAAAAUCACAAAGAAAGGUGAAUGAGCCACAGGGUACUCAAGUUACAAUUGCAGAUGAUUCAAACAUAGCUCCAAAAGAAUCAAUGGAACUUAUGACCAAUGAAGCUAGUGGCCAUGAAAAUAUUGGAUUCACCCCUGUGGAUCAAAAGAACUACUUACAUUCAAAUCGGACUAGGAAAGUGAAGAAGGGAGAGGUAGGCAAUGUUCUACAAUAUUUUGAAGUCAAGCAAUUAGAAGACCCAUCUUUUAUCUAUGCAAUACAAUUGGACCAAAAUGACAUAGUUACAAAUUUGUUUUGGGCUGAUGCACAAAUGAUAGUGGACUAUGGCCAUUUCGGUGAUGUGAUAUGCUUUGAUACAACAUAUAGAACAAACCAAGAAAAUCGACCAUUUGUACUAUUUGUGGGAGUGAAUAAUUAUAAGCAAAUAAUUAUUUUUGGUGCUGCAUUAUUGUAUGAUGAAUCCAUAGAUACAUUUGAAUGGUUGUUUAAAGUGUUUAUCAAAACAAUGGGUGGAAAAAAACCGAAAACAAUUCUAACUGAUGAUGAUGCAGCUAUGGUAAAUGCAAUUAAUUCAGUAUUCUCGGAAUCACAUCAUCAAUUAUGUAUUUGGCAUAUGUACCAAAAUGCUACAAAAUACCUUAAUAGUGUAUUCGAGAAAUUUAAGACAUUUCCUAAGGAUUUCAGCAGCUGUGUAUAUGAUUGUGAGGAUGUGGAUGAAUUUGAAAAUGUAUGGAAGAGCAUGAUCAAUAGGUAUGGGCUUAAAGAGAAUGAAUGGUUGCAAAAAUUGUAUGAUAAAAGGUAUAGAUGGGCUUUAGCAUUUGGGCGCCAAACAUUUUCUGCUGACAUGAGCACUGCACAGAGAAGCGAUAGGAUGAAUAGCUGUCUGAAAAAGUAUCUUAAUAUGAAACACACUUUGUCAAGAUUCCUUCAGCAUUUUGAGAGAGUGGUUGCUGAUAGGCGUUAUGAAGAGUUAAAAGUUGAAUAUGCAACAACACAAAGCACUCCAGCCUUGGCAACACAAUUGGGAACUUUGAAUUAUAUUGCUCAAAUAUAUACACCACCAGUUCUUUCUAUUUUUAAUGAUGAAGUAUUGAAACAACUGAGUUGCAGCAUUGAAGAAGAUCAUAUUGUGUCUGAAACAACAACUGAGUAUAUAGUUAACAUGUUUGGAGUAAAUCGACAAUACAAAGUUACCUUUGACACAAUAAAUGAUUUAAUCAGUUGUAGUUGUAAAAAGUUUGAAUUUGUUGGGAUCUUAUGUGGGCAUGCAUUGAAAAUACUUGAUUAUAGACGCAUAAAGCUGAUACCCUCAUGCUAUAUAUUGAGAAGAUGGACCAUUAAUGCGAGGAUGAUCACAUUUGAAGAAUCUCAUGGCUCCACUCAGCAUUUUGAUGCAAAUACAAAAAUGGCAAUACGUAGAAGAGAGAUGUUUCAUAUGCUUAGCCAAAUAGUAAAUAGAGCUGCAUGUAAUCAGGAUACUUAUAAGAUUGUGAUGAAGUAUGGAGAGAAGCUUUUUGAAGAUGUGUCAACAUGUUUAAAGCAAACAACAUUUGGUCAAUCUUUGUUUCCAUCUGAGAAUAUGGAAGUUGAAAAUGAAAAUAGUAGCUCUCCUUGCAUUGAUGGCAUAUGCAAGUAUGGUGAAUCAUCUUCUAACAUGGUCUAACAUGGUUUUACACUUAAUGAAAAGGUAUUCAAGUGCAUGGCAUCCACUUGAAUCAAAUUUUAGCACAUUCAAGAUGGAUUUGCAGGAUAGUUGUACCAUACCUUCACUAUUUCAGGGCUCAUCAAGGAUUAGACUAUACCAACACCAAUCAUGAAAUGAACGAGUGUAUUCUCAGGAAAACUUUUUGUAUUACUAGGACAAUAAGAACUCAACAACAUACACAGGACCACACAUGACAUGUUUGUAGAAUGCUGAGUUCUCAAAGAUUACAUCACAUGUAUAUUUGCAAGCAACCUCAUAUUUUUGAAAGUUCAAGUGUCUGAAUGUAUGUUCUGGCAGAUGCUUUGGUGCAGCCAGCUAGGUAGGGUCACUUCACUGCAUACUUGCAACUGCAAUGUAAGAUUUUUCAUCUUCUGUGGAUGGUCAAGGGUGUUCUUGACGAUUUAUGAUUGCUGUGGAUGUUGUUGUACUUAAAGCAGCAUGGUCAAGACUCUUCGACUAUUUUCUCAAAGAACUUGUCUUAGUCGUGUAACAGUAAUGAACUAAACAAACAGAUUCCAACAUAUUGUAGCAGACUUGGUUUUGGUCCUUUUGGAUUCUGUUUGUACAGGUAUGUGGGGUGAGCACCAGCUUUGUUGAGUUGUGACUUGUGCCUCGACUAAGCUAAUGGAGAAGGUUGUGUUAGGCUGUAACUUAAGAACCCAUAUUUCCUACUCACUUUUCCUACUCACUCUCUACUCGCCAUGAAUUACAGCCACACAUCUCUCAAUUCAUAAUAGAGAUGUGUGGCUGCAAUUCACAGCGGGUAGAGAGUGGGUAGGAAAAGUGAGUAGGAAAUCCCGUUUGGUAACUUAAAGAACGUUCAAUUCCUUUGUCCAAAUAUAAACACCAUAAUAUCAUGCAACUACGGUCAUGCUCGCGUCCAACUAUAUACUUGGGAUGGAAGAUAUUUGCCCAAUUAGAUGCUUAAUUUCCUGUUGGGUGGAAGAUGGGAUUUAGAUUCAUCAUGCAGAUCUUUUCAUACGUGGGGAAAGCCUAUGAAUCAAAUAGCUACAAAAUCAAUCCCAACAUCUUUAAUCAGCUAAAAAUCAAUUGUCGAAAUAAGCCACUUGGACCAACUUGGAGCUUUUUACUACAUGAGCGAGUGCGGAUAUGCCCAUGUUGAAUGGGUAGUGCUCAUGUUGAAUGGAAUGGUCAAAUGGCUUUAAAUAAGCAAAGAAGAAAAAUAUGGUCCAUUACAUAAAACACAAUGCACAAUAGAAUAUCGUUGCAAUUCUUCGGAUGGAUUUUUGUAGUUCAUCUCUUUUGCCUCAAUUACCACCAUUUCGACCAUCACCCUCUUCAUUUCAAUUAGUUGAGUAGAAAUUUCUUCCUUUUAUCUCUUUCAAAUCCAUUAUAGCUAGUGAUGCUAACAUUCAAUCACAAACAAGUCGAUGAAAGCUAAUAAAAGCUAUACAAACAGUCAACCCAUGUUGACACUUGUCAACUUUCCAGUACAAAAAAGUUAUAACCUUUCAGGAACCAGGGUUAUUAGAUGACAUUGCAGCUCUUAUUGUGUAGCUUUCCUUUCAUAAUAA